CUUGUGAUGUAGGAAGCGUCACAUACCUUGAAUGCAACGUGUGUUAAGACAAGUAGCGAGAACAAAAAAUACUUGGCAAAAAUGAAGCCAUUCGUUAGGCUGCUUGCUGUUUGGAUGGUUCUUCUAAGAAUGGAUGGCGCUCUUGGAACACACGUAAGGGUAUUUCCUCGAAAUCCAGAUUCCGUUGAAGAGCUUAAACAGACCGUGGAAUCGCUCAAGACGACCGUAGGCUCGUUAACCAGACAAAUGAUCUUACAGCAAUUGUUCGUGGAGGAAAGAGUAAGAUCUGAUGCUGAUUCUGGUGUGAAGCAAGUUCGACAUGUUCGAGAUGGCACCCAAAACUACCACUCGCAGUCCCACGGUAGUGCAACCCGUCUUGUCGCCAUCCAUGACCAUUCUAACAAUGAUCGUACUGUAGGUUUGGGAGAGUUUGUUGCAGUCCUCAACGGGGUAGAGUUCCGCACAAGACACAAUGACUAUCGCUUGUACAUGCCUCACAGGACCAGCAAGGAGUUACAUGCAGUAGAGGACAUUCCUUUCCCAGACGUUCCACCAGAGGUUACGAGCAAGAAAACUGUCAGUUUAGAGAUUGAAGAAAUGCGUGAAUGGUUCAAGGCAUGGAAAGACCAAGACUACAGUGUCAGAGACUAUCGCAAGUACUUCAAACCUGUGCUGUGCUAUCUCGAGGGAGCUUGGACAGCAGCAUCAGAAGGCAAGAUCGAUGAACCGUUCGAAAGUGACAGGCAUUUUGUAGACGCAUCCAGCUGGUUUGACCUGCAAGAGAAAGUUCGAUUCACUUCUUACGCCGGUAGAAAAGACAACUUGGAGAACUUCUCGUUUCUUCCCACCGCAGUCAUGAACAUCACAGAUGAAGAUUUGCCUGAAUUUGCCCAGUGGAACUAUCGCAUCCUUUGCCAUCCACUCAGCAGAGAUGUUCCUCUAAACCGCCUACGAGUAGUUGAUGAAGUUGCACCUCGAAUGGCAGGGAGAAGAACCUACGACGAACAUUCUGUGACACGUGCUGCUCGCUUCCAACUCAAUCCUUAUGACGAAGACAAGUUCACAGAACGCUUUCAGAGAGCAAAGUUUGGACUUCUUGACGARCUUAUGGCAGAGAUUCCUGGACAAGACAACUAUCCAGGUGAAUUGUAUGAUGACGCGUUUGGUUUAACGGCCUAUUCCUUGGCUCCAGGAAAAGAAGACCAAAAGCUCAGAGCAGACAGAUAUCAUCGGUGGUUCAGAGUUGCCGAACCCGAUGCAAUGGGCACAUCCAUCAGACAUCGUGCCUUUGCUGACCAAAAUCUUUUCAUGGCCAUGAACACACAACCCAAGGUUCGAGGCAUGACUCUUAACAGGUGCAAAGGUGAAGAUGAAGACAAGGUUUGUAACACUUGGCAUCAAAAAUGGUCGUAUGCCAUCCCCCUAGAGAUCAUCUACCUUACUCCCCUAAGCAAGUGGAAUCCAUACGACAUUGAGUUCAAGGGAAAAGACGGCAAGGGCUAUGCCAAUACAGUUACAGCCAAUGGAAGAAAUGGCGACUUGAUCAAAGAGAAAGCUUUCAAUGGGACAAACAGCAGGAAGUUUUACCGUACUCCAAUGGAGUUCUUUGCAGGGAACGAAGUUGAAGCGGAUGCUGCUGAUACAACUAAGAAUUCUGUUGGARUCUUGGACAAAAAGGGUGACAUGAGGAUCUGUAAAGCAACUGGGACAAGAAUCUUCUUUCCACCAAUCGGAGACCUUGGUAUUCUACGUCAACGCUAUCCCAUCAUGCCCAUACACGGCGAAGGAAGCGCUGUGUGGAAGGAACUGAAUGCAUUGAAAGACAUGGUUCUCAAGUCCAAGACAAAUGGCUAUAUAUUCAGGGAACCACUUCAAAGUGGGCCAGCACCAACAGAAACUCCAAAUAAAGACACGAGAUUCCAGGUUCAACUGUCUACGUCCAAUGCUGUUGUGCCCCAUACACAUGAGUUCGUUCUAACAUCAGAUGACAUGGCAUUUCUUAAAGCAGGAGGAUCCUUGGAAAUCAUCACCACGACAAUGUCGGCACAUGAGCAUACACUAAUGGUUAAAUGGGCAGCAUAUAACAGCCGUGUUACCAUUGUUCACUGUGAUGAUAAUGAUACUGCUAGUAAGAGAUGCUGGGAUAGACAUCCCGUCAUACCUAUCCCCAUUCCUGAUAUGUAGCAGAUAUUAUGCGACGAUAUACACGAAACUGCAAAAAACGUGAAUGUAACGAUAAAUCUAACAAAUUAAGUCAUCGUAUUUAAUUUGAGCUAAGAAAAUUAAUGUAAUAAAUCAUUUGCAGAUGGAGGAAAA